CGUCCAUGCGAUGCCUGUAAGACCCUUACCGCAGGGGUAGUGUGGCAACGUGUGUGUACUCGGGUGGGUGUCGAAAGAAAUACCAGAGAUUUUGUUGUUCCAGAUCGUUGUUUUUCUUUGAACAUAUCGUGCAGAGACGUUCAUAUCAAAGCGAUUGUUGAGAGAAAAGAACCGACAAUGUUCGAAGAGGCAAGUGAAGUGUUUGACAACAUGUUCAAGGGUUCAUUCCCAUUGACUUUCAUCGUCUUCAUCCCCGCCGUGUUGAUCCUGGUCUCGCCGUCGCCCACCGAGGCGGCCCACGAGUUCACCGUGUACAGAAUGCAGCAGUACGACCUGCAGGGACAGGCUUACGGUACAAGGAACGCAAUGCUGAACACCGAAGCGCGGACAAUCGAAGCCGACGUGUUGAGCCGCCGGUGUGUGCUCAUGAGAUUAGCAGAAUUUUCAUUUGACAAAUUUCAGGAAGCCUUACGGCAAAGUGCUGGGGCAGUGGUGAUAAUUCUGCCCCAGAACAUGUCAAUGAUGCCUCAGGACGUCAUACAGCAGCAGUUCAUGGAGAUAGAACCAGAACUUUUGGCGACUGAGACAAUUGUCCCAGUGUACUUUGCCUUGGAGGAUGAUGAGCUCUUGUCAAUACACGAGCAAACACAUUCAGCUUCUGUCUCGCAGGGCACUUCUUCAGCUGCUGAAGUUCUCUUGCAUACAGCCACAGCCAACGGCUUCCAGAUGGUCACCAGUGGAGCCCAGAGCAAAGCUAUUAGCGACUGGUCAAUAACCAGCCUUGAGGGCAAAUUGACUGGUCUGGGUGGCGAGGAUCUUCCUACUAUUGUAAUAGUAGCACACUAUGACUCCUUUGGAGUUGCUCCUUGGUUGUCUUAUGGUGCUGAUUCCAAUGGUAGUGGUGUGGCAGCUCUACUGGAACUGGCUAGACUAUUUUCCAAACUCUAUACUUACAAGAGGACACAUGCUGGGUAUAAUAUAAUGUUUUUUGUAUCGGGAGGUGGAAAAUUCAAUUACCAGGGUACAAAACGCUGGCUAGAAGACAAUCUGGAUCAUACAGAUUCAAGCCUUCUCCAGGAUAACGUUGCUUUUGUUUUAUGCCUUGACACAUUGGGUGGCAACGAUGAUAGCCUCUAUCUCCAUGUGUCAAAACCACCUAAAGAGGCCACACCUCAGCAUGCAUUCCUGAAGGAGCUAGAAACAGUGACCUCCAGCAGGUUUCCAGAGGUUAAAUUCUCUAUGGUCCAUAAAAAAAUCAACUUGGCAGAGGACAUGUUGGCCUGGGAGCACGAGCGAUUCGGGAUUCGACGACUACCAGCAUUCACAGUAUCACGCCUAGAAAGCCAUAGAAACAGCUUGAGAACCACUAUUAUGGACAUGAGGUCCCAGGUUGAUAUUCAAAAGUUGUGUCGCAAUACCAAAAUAAUUGCCGAGGCACUGGCACGGGUAAUUUACAACUUAACGGAGAAGGGUGCGCCAGAAGACCUUCAAAUCUUCACAGAACAAAUGGUAAGCAGAGAGCUACCUCAUUCUUCUAACCUUCACUUCUCUCUUUUUAAGCAGCUACAGGAGAACCAGCUAUCAUCGGUACUCGACUGGCUAACAGCCCAGCCGAGGGCAGCACAGCUCGUUGAUAAAGACAGCAUCCUCAUCUCCACAUUGGAGUAUUACAUGAAUCGAUACUUGAAAGAUGUCAAACGUCAUUAUGUGAAGGCGGACAAAAGAGAUCCAGAAUUCCUCUUCUAUGAUCAGUUAAAGCAAACCAUGAAUGCAUACAGGGUUAAGCCGGCCAUCUUUGAUCUGCUGUUGGCAUUGUGUAUAGCAGCUUAUCUUGGACUUACUUAUUUAAUUGCCCAGAAUUUUGGCUUCUUUUACAAUCUGAUGCGAAGAAUCACUCUAAAGCAGAAGCAGCACUAACCACAUCACCUUCUAUUACCACCUUCACGCAAUGGAUGGAUUCUUCCAGUGCAGCCCCCUGGUGUUGUCAUGGCUGGAUCCGACCCUCAGCACUGAGCCAAAACUCUCUGGUUAUGCACCAUCAGCAACUUAAGGGUUGCAAGAUGUUCCAUAAAUAACGGCACUGGUCCUGUUUGAUGUACCACACCAUUUUCUUCAAUUUUAAUCCAAUACAAUCCACAUUAAACACUGCUCAAAAUGGGCCUCAUGCCCUCUGAAAUAGAACAUAAAUUUAAGAACUUCCUGCAGAAUGAAAUCAGUCAUGGCUUGAAUGCAUGAAGGUAUGUUUGGUUAUAAUUUAAGUUGCCAGUUUAAAAAGUCCCAAGUAAAUGACUGAAUUGUGAGCACACUGCUAAACGUGAUUAACAUAAUCUGCUUGCUAAUUGGCUAUUAUAUUUUAACAUGGCCAGAGAGACACCUAUACAGAUGUUGUCUCUGGGGAUAUCAAAGUCCUUUGUUGUCUUGAGCUGUGUACAUUUUCAUUGCCAUGUGGCACUUGAAUGGAGUGCUUUGAAUCCCAUGGCAUCCCAUUAUGGGCAAACCCAUCUAGUUAUUAAUUUUGUCAUUUUCUACGUUGCUGGUGAGAGCCAAUUUAGCUUGAGGAAGUAUCUUUACAAAAUAUGUAGGGCCAGAAAAUUAAAACGGAGGGGAAGACAUAGUGAAGAAAGUUUGAUCACUGAAGUUGCCCGGGUUUUGAGGGAGCCAUUUUGCUUGCUCUUUUGUACGAUCCUUGUGCACGUUGCACUUCUUUGCAUUGGAGGGUACACUUAUGGCAUGCUGCUGGAUACAAAAGAGGAAAGCAUAUUCUGUAUUCAAGCCUAACCUAACAUGUCUGGUACUGAAGCCUGCCCAGAAGGGAAAGAUCUCCAUUCCCCACCACUUCCCUGUCUCAUCUUUUUAUAAGCACACACAAAAAAAAAAUCAGGUUUAAAUAUUUUUGCAUUCUUUUUCUAAAUUCCUGAUUAAGACUGUUAACAUUUAGUUAAUAAAAUCUUUGUUUUAAAGCCCUUGCGUGCGCAGAUUGCAUCCAGAUGGGACGUUUUAUUAGGUUUUAUUCAUUCAGUGAAUCAGAAGUGGCUGUGCAAAACUGGUACAAAGGUUUGAUUUGACCCAGGUGAAUCAGUAAUUCAAUACUUCUGGAUAGUCCAGGAAGAGGAGGAAAAUCUAGCUGGCUAUUACAGCCUCCCCCACAACACAUGAUAGCCGUAUUACCCAAAGUAUUGUGAACACGAGAAAUUCAGAUUAAAAACAUGAGAUGCUGAUGGUGCGUUCAAUGGGACAGGAAUCUCGCGAGGGUAGUUCUGCUCUGACCAGGUUUUGAACACACGGCCCUCUGGUAUGUAACCACCUCUCGGUCAGUGCAUGUGCCUGAGAUCUGGCCUCAUCUCCACACACAGGUCUGGUUUCCGUGAAGAGAUAUGGCAUCAUAAAUCUAGCAUUAAGAACAAAACCUCAAACUUGGCUUCCCAUCUUUUCAAUCUGUAAGAAAACGGCAGCUUUUAUCCCGAGAAUCCAGUAUAUCUUUUUUUUUUUAAGGAACUUGAUGGGGCUUUUCUUUCCAUAUGAAUUGCUGCAUCUUCUCAACUGUUAUUUAUGUCUGUAUUGGUUACUUGUUGAAAAUCAUUGAUGUUGAUGUUUAUUUCCUAAUUUGUAACAAAAUGGAUUAUGGGAUAACAGUGGCGUUGUAUUGAACACCGGCAUUCAUCAUGACUGUUCUAUACAGAAGGAAGGAAACAAUAAAAUGAGGGGAAAAUGGA